CCCAUGAUUUAGAGAUCCCCACGUUCUAGCCGAUCAACGCACCACGCAACAAACAACUUGGCUUUCUUCCUGCCCUCUUAGGUUCGAAAUGGAUUGGGAUUCGAUUGUCACUGACAAAAACUAAAACUAACGACUCCUUGAAGUAUCAAGAUAGACUGGUAAUUCUGGUGAUUCCCCAUGAAGCGUGGAUACCAGGAAUUUCCUCCUACCUCUUCCGGGCCACCUCAAUCCAAAACUAAAUAUAACCCAGAAGGUGAUUCACAGUUUCUGGAGGAUGAAAGCACGAAAGAUUUUGUUCAGAAAGUAGCAGAGCAUUACAGUUCAAGAUCCAAUCGGACUUUAGAAGAGCGGGAGGCUAGCCCAAUAAUUCAUUUGAAGAAACUCAACAAUUGGAUUAAAAGUGUCUUAAUUCAGCUUUAUGCUCGUCGCGGGGAUGCAGUCCUUGACCUGGCUUGUGGCAAGGGUGGCGAUCUUAUUAAAUGGAACAAGGUGAAAAUUGGUUAUUAUGUUGGCAUUGACGUUGCUGAAGGAUCGCCAAAGUUUACGUACCUAAUUGCAUCAAACUGUUUGCAAUUCUUCCAUGUUGAUAGUCCUCUGCACCAGCUCACUGAAAUAACAAAAUCUGUCCAGAUUGAAGAUUGUCGUAUACGAUACAAUGGUGAUGCUGACCAUCAUCAACAACGUAAAAAGUUCACAUUUCCUGCCCGCCUCAUAUGUGGAGAUUGUUAUGAGGUUCACUUGGAUAAAGUUCUUGCAAAUGAUGCACCUUUUGAUGUUUGCAGUUGCCAGUUUGCUUUGCAUUACUCAUGGUCCACAGAGGCCCGUGCUCGACGAGCCUUGGCUAAUAUAUCAGCUUUACUUCGUCCAGGAGGCAUUUUCAUUGGAAUAAUGCCAGAUGCCAAUGUGAUUAUCAAAAAGCUUAGAGAAGCUGAAGGAUUGGCUUUUGGCAAUAGUGUCUACUGGGUGCAUUUUGAUGAAGAAUUUUCAGAUAAGAAAUUCAAAUCUUCUAGCCCUUUUGGCAUAAAGUACAAGUUUCAUCUAGAGGAUGCAGUUGAUUGCCCUGAAUGGAUUGUUCCCUUCCCCGUAUUCAAGUCAUUAGCUGAAGAGUAUGAUUUUGAGCUUGUCUUUUCAAAGAACUCGCAUGAAUUUGUGCACGAGUUUAUGAAAAAACCAGAAUUUGUAGAGCUCAUGCGACGGCUCGGUGCCUUGGGUGUUGGCAACCGAGAUCAGAGCACACUCUCACCAGAUGAAUGGGAAGUGGCAUAUUUAUACCUUACAUUUGUGUUGAGAAAGCGAGGCCAACCAGACCAAACUUGGGCAAGUGGCAGUAGAAGAGACAGAGGGUUGAUGCAUAUUUCAAAGGAAGACAUAAUGCAUGUUAGGACCCAUCAUUAACAUAAAUAAAUUGAACAAUGAUUGGAUUUUCAACGAAGAUAAUGAAUCAACACAGGUGAGGGAAUGGUCUGCCCGGCAUUGUAGAAUACAGAUCAAUUCACAUGUCAACUUUUAAGCUCUCGCCAAUUAUUUACAAAGCAUUUCACUCAUUGAAUUUUGAAGUUCACAAUAUUGAAUAUUACUUUCACUGAAGCAAAGUGUUCUCAUCAGGAUGAGAAAAAUCAUAAUUGAAUUAUGACUAAGAGGGACACGAAAACAUAAAAG